AGUUGAAUUCGUGAUUUCGAACCGCGGCAGACGACAUAUGCGGCUCGAUGGUUUCUCCUUUUACGCGGAAAAAGUGUUUCCGGAGAAGAAUAAGGUGCGAUGGCGCUGUACGCGGCGGACCUGUCGUGCGUACGCACAUACGCUGCACGACAGGAUCUUCGCCCUCAGCAACGUACAUUCGCACGAACCUCCUACGGGGGUCCAAGGAGAUCGGGAAAGAAACUCGAAUCGCGGUUUUACUAAUGCAAACUUCGCUGCUCAAGCAAAGGCUGUUCUUGAUGAGUGAAAUAUAUAUGUAUCUUCCACUAAUCUCCUAGUUAGCACUUAACUAAAUUGUAGCUAUACACAUUAUGGUGUCCAACCAUUGGUUCUCGUCGAAUCUUAAUAAUGCAAGUGCUCCUCUUAAAAUAAUAUGUUAUUGAGUGUACUCCCUUACUCAUUGUAUCAUUAACAAUUAUCCAAGUGUCAUGUUGGGGGUAAAACAGAGAGCAAGAAGGCGGGUGUUCGUGGACUGAUAGUAAAUAAGAAAUUAGCUUGUAUUUGGUUCUAGCAAUGUGCACAAAAAGGCCAUUGUAUAUUUAGCCUGUGUAAGUAGAAAUCCAUCUAGUCAUGAAAUAUUACCUAAUGUUGAUCUCAUUGUGUAUAUGUAACUAUUAUUUAUUGUAAUUUAAUUGAUAUUAAGUAAAAUUAAAAUAUUAUGUUAAUGUACAAUUUAUCUCAAAUUACUUUAAAUCUAACGAAAUUGUGUGAGUUAGCAAUAAAUCUCUUGGCGUAAUAAUUAAGCAAUAAAUAACCUAUGCCUAGGGUUAAUGAAUGGUUUUGCGUUGGAGCUUAGCUACAAUAGAUGUUGGGUUCAACUAAUUAUACGUACGUCUAGAGCUACAUUAUUUUUAUAUUUGUCCAAUCCAUAAUUGUUAUUGUUUGUGCUUAACAAAUUACAAAAUAUACCAUUUUCACAUUUUUCAAUGUUAAUAUUUUUGUGCGAGUUUGCGAGGUUUCUAACAUUGGGCUUGCUGCAUGUUGCUGACGAUAGCUUGUAUAAUGAUUCAGACGUUUGAUUGAACAUUGUGUGGUUGUUUGAUAGAGGACAACAAGUUCGUGCGCCUGUGCGUGGGCCCGGGCGGGCGGCCGCGGCUGUGGGUGCGCGGCCGCAGCUUUUACGCGGCGCACACGAUGCGCUCGGGCGUAGUGCGCUGGCGCUGCACUAUGGGCGGCUGUGGUUGCAAAGCUUAUACACAAAAGGGCACGCUGCACAAGCUGGUCGGAGAGCACAACCACGCCGGCCGGUGCGGCCGACGGCUCCCCAACAUAAAUCCUACGCAAAUCACUACUACUGUCUCAAUUCCAAUUUCAGGUUCCUCGUCCUCCUCGCCUCCCACUCCCUUACUAGUACCUCGUCUCCAGAAUUUUGACCCGAAUGCGUGGGUAGUACGUUAUUAGUAUGAUAUUAACUUGGUGUAGAAUCGCUGCUAGCCUCAUAUGAAAAAGUAGCUGACGGUUUUGAAUGAUUCAACUCGUAGAACUCAUUGUUCGUUUUCAUCAACGAUUCUGAACGUAAUUUUUUUUUAAUCUUUUAUAAUAAAGUAGGAAAGACUCGGAUAGAUUUGAUGGGUAGUGUGUUGUAUGUAAGUGACUUUUUCUUUUGAGUUGGAAUUUGCAAUAGGUGUAGUUUGUAGAUGUUUUAAUUGCCAAAAAUUGUGAUAAUAAGCUCAUGUGACGACUUAGUUAUACAUUGAUCUCAGUUUUUUAUUAGGGUAGGAUUAAUUAAUGUUGAAAUUUACAAUUGUGUGUAGGAUGUUGUCUAAACUUAAAUAGUAUACUAUUAUUUACUGUUCUUUUAAAAUAUUCAAUUACCUCAUAGAAAAUAUAAGUACUUACUAGUGAGCAUAGUGUUAAAAUAAGUCUUCCUAUUUUAAGUUUUCAAUGUUGUUAGUUUGAAACGGCUUAAUUUUUACAAACUUGCUCAUCGUCUACUUAUGCCAAAGGUCUGUGCCAAAUUUUCUUGCUCAUGAAAUUAUCGGUUCUCAAAGAGAAAAAUAUAAGGAAUGCCUCUAAGUCACGUUCGAAACUCUAUGGAAAAACUUUUAUAAAUAUUGUUAUAGGUAAUCAAGAUCUCUGUAAUAGAUAAUGUGUUGUAUGUGUAAAUGUGCUAAAUAAAUCUAUGAACACAAACUGAUUUUUAAUUUAUAUCAUUGAUUAAAUUAUAUACCUAAAUGAUUGUCGUUUUAUUUCAAUUGUUUAAAGAGAGUUUUUGCUAGUCUAAUCGUG